AUGAACGGAGGCGCCCGCGUCACGCCCUUGGGUGUCAUCGGAUCCUGUGGUCCUUACAGCAUGCAGCCUGCCCGUCAGCUCGAUGAGGGCGAUCCUCCCACCCUCAAUCGCGAGGCCUUUCUGGUCAAGUACCCAGACGGUACGCUGAGCGGCAUCUGGGCAAUUUCGGACGUCAUCAUCGAGUUCAAGCCCGCGUAUACGGCAUCGAUGCGAUGCGUUCCCGACCAUCUGCCUCGCUAUUGCUCUUACAACCAGCACACGCUCAUUGUGGGUGUGCCUGCCGCAAUCACGACCGAUAUGCGCGCCAAGUUCAAGAACAUCCUCGCGUCGGACUGCGGCUCUGAGCACGAAGGCUACAAGUGGUUCGAGGCCAAGACGAGCCCUCAGACCGACUUCAUGCAGGAAGCCAAGAGCUCCGUGCUCUGCGACGUGGGGUUCAAGUUCAGCACCACGGUCAAUAAGAAGCACCCCCAGGGCGAGCUGUAUGCGACCGUCGUCAACGUCCACGUCAAGGACCUCACCGACAAGGCGUCUCGUCGCACCGUCAUGCGCCUCGACAACGUCGCCAGCAACACGGACGUCGACUUGGGCUUCCUCAAGAAGCUCGAGGAGCGCGGACUGCACUCCAAGGAGAGCCCUCUGGACCAGCGCGUCAAGAAAGAGGAGGCCUGA